AUGGACCUGCAUGCAAUCAUACUCUCUCUCUCUCUCUCUGUCUGGGGCACGUUCACUCACUUACUCACACACUCACACACUCUCUCACAUAUCUAUCUAUCUAUCUAUCUUAGUCUGGUUCUAUCUAUCUAUCUAUCUAUCUAUCUAUCUAUCUAUCUAUCUAUCUUAGUCUGGUUCUAUCUAUCUAUCUAUCUAUCUAUAGCACUCUGUUCAUAUCUAUCUAUCUAUCUAUCUAUCUAUAUUUUUCGUAUCCCUCUCUCUCUCUCUCUCUCUCUCUCUCUCUCUCUCUCUCUCUCUCUCUAUCUAUCUAUCUAUCUAUCUAUCUAUGUAUCUAUCUAUCUAUCUGUAUGUCUAAGUCUUUAUCUAUCUAAGUCUGUAUCCUUCUCUCUCUCUCUCUCUCUCUCUGUCUUUCUAAGUCCGUAUCUCUAUCUGUGCCUCUAUAUGUCUGUAUCUCUCUCUCUCUCUCUCUCUCUCUCUCUCUCUCUCUCUCUCUCUCUCUCUCUCACUGUUCUUUUCGUUUACGACAGGCAUCCUUUCAGUCAUGGUAAAAAUAGACGAAAAGACGUGAAGCACUUCAAAACAAAUGUGAACCACAGAGCUGUACGUCUUCCCACGAUGACACCAGUGUGCUAA